UUCAUAUCAACCCUCGAGCUCUAUAAAUGGUGGCCUUGUUGUGUGGAUCUACAUAUUCUCCACCACUAAAGUAUCAUCUAGCAAGGUUACACGCAUGGAGAUGAUGAAGGCACUAGUAGGGUUGUUGGUUGUGCUGGUGGCAACCAUGGCCAUGGCGCAAGAUGUCCCAUUUUCAGACAAAGAUUUGGAGUCCGAGGAUAGCAUGUGGAGCCUUUAUGAAAGGUGGCGCAGCGCAUACACCGUGUCGCUGGACCUUGCCGAUAAGGGCAAAAAGUUUGAGACGUUCAAGAAGAAUGCCAGGUACAUUAACGACUUCAACAAGAAAGAGAACACGACCUACGAGCUUGGGCUGAACAAGUUUGCCGAUAUGACAAUGGAGGAGUUCACCUCCAUGUACACCGGCUUCAAGGUAGAUGCCGCAACCAUUGCGGCAGCGGAGGCGGCGGCGGCUUUGGCUCCAGAGCCUGAGGAGGAGCUGUUGGAUGUUGUGCCUGCCUCCUGGGACUGGAGACAGCAUGGAGCUGUCACUGCAGUCAGGAACCAAAGACCUUGCGGGUGCUGCUGGGCCUUUACGACGGUUGGCGCAGUGGAGGGCGCCCAUGCGAUCGCGACGGGGCAGCUGCUGACGUUGUCCGAACAGCAGGUUCUCGACUGCUCCGGCGCCGGCGACUGCAUCGGUGGGUAUCCUGACAGGGCUAUAGAUUUCGUCGCGAAGCAGGGGAUUACGCAGGCUGUCAACUACCCAGCCUACUUGGGCAUACAACAGACCUGCAGGACGAAUCCAAACAACCCAGUGGUGAAGGUGGAUGGUGUAGGUACCGUGCCUUACUCCAGUGAGGCUGCCCUAAAGAAUAGGGUGUCCAAGCAACCCGUCUCUGUUGGCGUCAGCGCUAGCGAAAGCUACGUGUUAUACAAGGGGGGCGUGUACGCUGGGCCAUGCAAUACUUCGUUGAAUCACGCAGUGUUGGCAGUGGGGUAUGGCACGACGGCAGAAGGCGUUGACUACUGGAUCGUGAAGAACUCAUGGGGUGCAAGCUGGGGUGAGGGUGGUUACAUGCGUAUGAAGCGUGGCGUUGGCAAGGAGGGGCUCUGUGGUAUUGCCAUGUUUGGCUCCUACCCCUUCAAGCGUGGCGUCUCCGUCUCCACCCACACCCACAGUAGCAGCUUUCAGGAGGAGGCCGACACCUCCACCUCCACCUCCAGGGAUGAUGAUGCUACUACUGUUGCCUCCAUAUAACUAACAUACUCUCGAUCUGUCCAUCCAUCGAUGUGUAUGUGCAUGGUACUACUAAGUUUGAAUGAAAUUAAUAUAUAGUAGUGCAUAUAUUGCACUAUAUAUGGUACAUGCACGCACUUGUAUUACUUACUUUGUUGUGUGCUUCAUAAUUAAAGCAAUUAAUAAAGUGUUGUCUAUGAUGUGUUAA